AUGGAUCCCGAUCAGCCAGCAGAACCUCAAGCCAUCCUCAGCAUCCACCCCAAACCCAAUCCGAUCAGAUCGGAUUCAGAAGACUGCUUCCUGGCGCAUCCCAUCUCUACCCAAUCAUCCACGACACCCCUGCCGAGCGCAGGACUCGUCAACCCCGCAUUCCGCUACGAACUCAGCCUAAACCCACGCCGAGUGCUCACCAAACCCUCCAAACCGGCGGGCAAUAACGGAUUAGAUAACGAAGACUCUGAUUAUAUCUUAUACGUCAACGAUAUCCUUGGCGGCACAUUCGGUCAGGUUGUCAAAUGUCAGGAUAUGAAGACCCAUCAGGUCGUCGCCGUCAAGGUCGUCAAGAACAAACAGGCGUACUUCAGUCAGAGUAUGAUGGAAGUUACCAUCCUAGAACUACUCAACAACACUUGGGAUCCCGAAAACAAACAUCACAUCCUUCGAAUGAAGGAUACCUUCAUUCAUCACAACCAUCUCUGUCUGGUCUUCGAACUACUCUCCUCAAACCUAUACGAACUCAUCAAACAAAACUCAUUCAGAGGUCUCAGUACCAGUCUCGUCCGAGUAUUCACCAACCAGUUACUCGAUGCACUCACCGUCCUCAACGAGGCUCAUCUCAUUCACUGCGACCUCAAACCAGAGAACAUCCUGUUGACCUCGCUCUCAUCCCCAGAGAUCAAAGUCAUCGACUUUGGCUCUGCCUGUCAUGAACGUCAAACCGUAUACACUUACAUCCAAUCUAGGUUCUACCGUUCUCCCGAAGUCAUCUUGGGCUUACCUUACUCGUCUGCCAUCGACAUGUGGUCGCUGGGCUGUAUAUGUGUAGAGUUGUUUCUAGGCUUGCCGCUGUUUCCCGGAACCUCUGAAUACAAUCAGAUCACGAGGAUCGUUGAAAUGCUCGGAAUGCCUCCAUCGUACAUGCUGGACGUCGGGCGGCAAACCACUCAAUUUUUUGAUGUGAUCGAAGAUAAUUUCAACGCCGGACGAAAGGCCUACAAGCUCAAAAGUUUAGAACAAUAUUCCAAGGAGCACAAUGUCGCCGAGCAGCCUAGCAAGCGAUACUUUCAGCAAAACACCCUUGAAGACAUCAUCAGUCAAUAUCCGGUGAUUCGUAAAGGCAUGAAACCAGCCGAUCUCGAAAAAGAAAAGCAAAACCGGAUUGCUUUCAUUGACUUUGUUAAAGGUCUUCUAAACAUCAAUCCAAUCGAAAGGUGGUCGCCUCAGCAAGCCAGGUUACAUCCAUUCAUCCUAGGCGAACCUCUACGCGAGCCCUACGUCCCGAUGAAGUCUGGAUUUGGCCCCGUUUCAAAUCAUGGAGGAGAUAGAGUCAUGGAGCUCGCACAAAAGGGGUAUGGCCACCAGCCAAUAGACCCACAAUCUUCUCCCCAAACCGCUGGUGGCUCCGGCUCUAACGAUUUAUCUAAACGUCCUUAUGGGGGCCUCCCAGCGGCCCCCGUCCGAUCUGGGCAAAAGGUUUAUGAUGCCGCUGCCUACUCCCAACUGCAAGCCCAGCAGCAAGUCAUGAACGCGCAGGCAGCUGCCAUGCGUCAACAGCAAGCCCAAGCCGCCCAGCAGAGUCAGAAUCCAUACGCUCUACCUCAGGACAAUCGCUCCAAUAUCACCCAGCUACCUCCCCAGUCUAAUCACCAGCAACAACCCCCAAACUCCGCCCCUAGCCUCUCGCACCAACUACCCCCUCAGUACGCAUCCAAUCGUGUCGCACUAUCUCACCCUCCUCACCCUCCCUCUCUCGUCACCAGUUCAUCAGCUGCCAUAAACAUCCCGCAUUCUUACUAUAAUCCACGUGGGGCUGGCGGUAGCUCAUUCUCAGGACCAUUAACAACGGGUAGUAUCCCUGGUCAGCAAAUGCAACCGCUCAUGCCACAUAACCAAAUGAUCUACAACCCGAUCCUGAACCCGAGUGGAUCAACCAAUCCGUCGAGCCAUGUUCGAACCUCUUCGGGCUCUCGACAACGAUCCGGAACGCUAGAUCAAAUGGACAUCGUGCCUCCCCAGCUCCAAAAGGUCCAAGUCGACCUGGCCAACUAUUCCGGACAGAGCGUCACCCCCGUCCUUAGACGAGACGAUCAAUAUCUGGCCUGGGAGCAGAGACAACAGCACGGCCUUGGUGCCUCCAAUGCCGCUGGGAUCCCUGGGAAUAGUGGCCUCAGUCGCAGGGCUAGUUAUCGGGCGAACCCUCAAUUGGACUACUUGCACGAGCAGGCGGAGGCGAACGAUGCAUGGAGUUCAGGCCAUCGGGGGCAAGCGCGAUAUCACUACCAACCGAAUGUGAAUCCAUCGACGCAUUACAUGUCGACGGGGUCGGUGCCGGUGCCAGCGCCGGGAGGGAUGAUGAUUCAACAGCAGCCAGGAGGGCAUCCGCAUGCGGUAGGCCAACCAGCGUCGAAGCCGACCAGCUCCUCUUUCUCAGUCGUGGUCGAUGACGACUACCCAGGAAUCCGUCCAGAGAGCCACAGUCGUCCGUCGGGCUCGGCUCGGCCCGCCGAGCACGAAAUCGUCCCUCUGGACGACUACGACCAUCGUGACGGCGGCCAGGCGAUGGCCUACCUUCCUAUCAUCCCCAAACCCUCCUCCGCCUCUAACAGUCGCAAUAACAGCACUGGUAUCACUAACUCUCAUCCUGCUGGAUCCGCUGCCGUCAGGGUCGAUGAACAUGGCCAUCACCAUCCUCAACAUCUCUCAUCCUUGGGUAGACUGAUGAACUCGUGA